UUAUAUUACCACUUUGAAGGCCAGAAGCUUCGAUGCAAUUAGACUAUUUGAGUUGAGAGUCUAUCUUUGGGGCAAUUUACACAGCACUGUAGUGUUGACGGUCCCGGCGUUCGGCAGGCCUGGCGUUGGAUCGGCCGCGACUUUGACGACAUUUCGUCACAACGCCCAUUCACAUGUAUAGCGUUCUCUGUUUUCUCCAGAGUCAUGGCACACAUACACAAACACAAAGCAUAUGCAUUUGCGUUUGCGUUUGCGUUGCCAUCGGGCAGGUAGAGGAAACUGCCCAACUAAUAUCUCACUUCCUCCUGUAUAGUAGUAGUCAAUAUCUCAUGGGCCCUGACAAGGGGAUUUUGGUUUUAUUACUUCAUUGCAAUUUCGGAGUAGCACGUACCUACGAAAGACUUGUUAUCAGCAAGAUCUAUAAUAUCAAUCAAUCAAUCAAAGAAUGCAACAAACACCAACCUAUGCUUGUAGGCCUAUCCACUUGGCUGUAACAAUAUGGUACAAUGCAAGCUUCUCUAAACGACUUGACUACG